GAAACUGACAGUUCCAUCAAUAACUCAACGCGGUUUAGACGGUUGUAAUUAAUUAUUUUUUUGUAUUUUCAUAUCAGAAUGUAUAUUUUUAUUUCGAUGGCUGUUCUUCCUCUAGUUGCUCGGUUUAUAACAUGUGAAUCCACGAAAGAACCACUAGACGAUGUUCAAUCAAAAUCCACGAUCAGAAUCCCGAUAAACGAAGCUUCCACAUCCCCAGAUCCAUCGAAUACAUUGAACGAACCAUCUCUUUGGGAUAAUCGGCCAACGCAUAUCAAUAAGCCACCACAAGACUGGGUAGAUAAUAGUAAUACGAGAUAUAAAAUUUUACUAAGAGCUCCGCAUUCUUUAACGAAGCUUGCCAAAACGCUGUCAUUAGGAUUUGAUCCUUCGUUUAGUAAGGAUUACUUUGAGCCCUUCGAAAGACGACCGAGGCCGGUCACUCUAGUAUCUUUUCGUAAGAAUGGACUUGCAUCGCGACAUAUGAUCAAAUACGCAGACGACGAAAACUCAUCAGAGGUAGCAGAGCUUCAGUCACCAUUUAACGAAGUCAGUAAUUUUUGGCAAAAUGAACAAUUUUAUUAG